GCACCAUUGCCUCACCUUUCUCGCCGACCACGACCCUCUUUCACGCCCUUGUAUAAGAUAUUGCAUUCGGAACUAUCACACCAACCACUUUUGACUUCGUCCACACGGGGACACGAUGAACGGACACCAUCACAAUGGAGACGCGGCGGGCAAAGCAGUGAGCUACGAACGCGUCCAGAUCGUGGACGACGAGAAGAGAUUUACACCCGACUUGACACCUCAAAUUGAGCAAUGGGGCCUGCACAAUGCCGGGUUCGACUAUGACAUGGUUGCCGUCUUCGGGUCGCAGUCGACGGGAAAAAGUACAUUGCUUAAUCGACUAUUCGGCACCAACUUCGACGUCAUGGACGAGACGAGACGGCAGCAAACAACGAAGGGCAUUUGGAUGUGCCGAGGAAAGGGCAUGAACGUCAUGGUUAUGGACGUAGAGGGCACUGACGGUCGAGAACGCGGAGAGGACCAGGACUUUGAACGCAAAUCCGCUCUCUUCUCUCUCGCGUCAUCGGAAGUCCUCAUUGUGAACCUCUGGGAGCAUCAAGUUGGUCUGUACCAGGGGGCGAACAUGGGCCUCUUGAAAACUGUAUUCGAGGUUAACCUCGGUCUAUUCGGCAAGAAGACUGCCGACGGCCGCAACCAGCGCACAAUGUUGCUCUUCGUUAUCCGUGACCACAUUGGCACGACACCCCUCGAGAACCUCAAAGCGACACUCACCGCAGACAUGCAGAAGAUCUGGGAGACACUGUCGAAGCCGUCAGAGCUGCAGGACCGCAAGCUAUCGGACUACUUCGACCUGUCGUUUGCGGCACUGCCGCACAAGGUGCUCGCCGCGGACAAGUUCGAAUCCGAGGUGCAAGAGCUCCGCAAGCGAUUCGCGGACAAGUCGCGGGAAGACUACGUGUUCAAACCCGCCUACCACAAGCGGAUUCCCGCGGACGGUGUUGCGUUCUACAUGGAGGGCGUCUGGGAGCAAGUUCAAACGAACAAGGACCUGGACCUUCCGACACAACAAGAACUGCUGGCCCAGUUCCGCUGCGAUGAGAUCUCGACGGUGGCCGUGACGGAGUUCAACGAACAGGCAAAACCUCAGCGACGACCUAUUGAGUCCGGCAAGGUCAUCGAAGGGCUCGGGAGCAUGAUGCGCAGCUGGCGAUCAGGCGCUCUAGUCCGCUAUGACCGCGACGCGUCGCGUUAUCACCAAGGUGUGUACAAGCGGAAACGUGCAGACCUUGUCGCAGUGCUCGACUCGACGUUGUCCCCCCUUUUCCUUGGACAAUUGAAGAACCUGCACAAGUCGUCUCUCGUCGCGUUCAAGAGCGAGAUGCUGGACGGCAUGCGCGGUGAUGGGUACAACUUCGCGGACAUCGUCGCCACAGCGCGGGACCGGUGCAAGACGCGAUUCCUCCAAGGCGCCCAGGAGGCGCUGGUGGAAGACACAGACUGGAGCUACGACGAUGAGCUGAACCUGCUCAAGGAGGAGGUGCGAAGCCUCGCAGACCAGUGUAGACGGGAUGAGACCAAGAAGAUGGUCAACGUUAUUGAGCGGAACUUCAAGAAGCAGAUUUCGGAACCUCUUGAGAUCGCACUGAGCAAGCCUGAGCCCGACAUGUGGGACAGGGUUCUGACUGUGUUCCGCCAAACCCUGGAGAAGGCCGAGUCGUCAUAUCUGGCCAAGGCGAAGAGCUUUGACUGCACUGAUGAGGAGAACGCAACUUCCCUUGCUACGCUCAAGAAGCGAGCUUGGCUGACUCUUCGUGGGAAGGUCGACGAACAGACCACUGAUGUGGCCUUCUUAACCAAGCUCCGUGCGCAUUUCGAGGAGCGCUUCCGGUACGACGAGCAUGGUGUCCCUCGGGUGUGGCGGCCAGCAGAUGACAUUGAUGGGGCGUUCAAGAAAGCGAGGGACCAGACUCUCGAACUCAUCCCUGUUUACUCCAGAAUCCAGCCUCUCGAUCCCUCUCUUGAGUAUACCCUCCCGUCAGAGACGUCAGACUCCCUGACAGGAUCGGACGAGUUUGAUUUCCCGUCCACGCUAAUUAUUUUCACGGAGACGAAGAUCCUCGACCUUAUGUCACGCUUCCGGCGCGAUGCGGACGCGUACUACGUCGAGGCGAAGCGUAGCACGGUGUCCAGCGUGGCGCAAAUACCUUACUGGAUAUAUAUGGUACUCGUCGUGCUUGGGUGGAACGAGGCGAUGGUCGUGCUCUUCAACCCGCUGUACUUCACAAUGCUCCUCUUUAUGCUUGCUGCUGCGUAUCUUACCAUACAGUUAGGGAUGGUCGGACCCCUGUUCCAGGUUACAAGAACUCUGGGUAACGAGAUGUAUCGCCAAGUCGAACAUCGUCUGCGCGAGCACUUCUCUCAACCGGCUACGCAGCAAGUUCGCGCAUACGCUGCUGAGGGCGAUGAAGUGGAGCGGGAGUUGCGUAGGAGCAAGGCCGAACCAAUGUAAGCAUUCUUCGGUCGUCGGUACUUGAUGGACGGAAUCUCUCGUCAGGAUGUAAUUAUUGGUUUGCUUGCAUAUUCCUAUUGACAUGAUUCAGUUGG